AUGUCUACUGCUAAUCCUACUCCAUUUAAUAAAAGAGAUAUUGAACGACUAAUCGAAGAAAAAAAUACGUCAAUAUCAUAUGUAAAACCAAAAGAAACCCAGAAUAUGUCCAAAUGUUGGUCUCAAUUUAGUCAAAUUUAUAUUGCUAAUAUUAAACAAGAUUUCAUUAUCUGCGAUUCUUGUAAAUCAAUAUUAGUUUAUAAAUCAUCAACAGGAUCCGACUGUAUGAUAUCUCAUUCACGUUCUUGUCAAACUAAAGAAAAACAUUCUGAUUCAUCUGACCAACAGCGAAAAAUUAAUCAUUAUUACAAAUUAACAUCAAGUGGCAAAAACAAUGUGCCAAAACUGAUAAAAAAUGAUAUUACAUCAGCUUGUGUUGAAUUCGUAGUUCAGGAUGGUCGAGCAUUUCAUUAUUAG